AUGAAGUUCGGGAAAACAUUUCCAAAUCACCAGGUCCCAGAAUGGUCCCAUCGGUACGUAAAUUACAAGAACCUUAAAAAGCUUAUCAAAGAGAUUGUGUGCGUUCAAGAGAACUUGCGCAAGCAGAGGAAGGAAGACACUGGUGUAGCCAGUACUCCCGGAAGGGUGAGAGGUGACUUUAGCUUGGAUGAUAGCUUUUUCGAAGAUACCCUUGUAAAAAAACGGCUGGCAACGUUUUUCUUUGCGCUAGACAGAGAUAUCGAGAAGGUCAGCGAGUUUUACAACAGUCAGUAUUUGGAGUAUGACCGAAGGUUACGGAGGCUGUUGUCUUCCGUUCAAUUGACAGGAUUGAGCAAGACGAAUAGGUCUGAGCUGGAUACCACUAUUCCACAUCCGGAAGCUGCUCCGUUGGCUUCGGACACCACUGAGGAUUAUGCGGAAAUUUGGGCAAUUCUGGUCGAGUUGCGCUCUGACUUUCGGAAUUUGAAGUGGUUUGCUGAACUCAACAAGCGGGCUUUUGCCAAAAUACUCAAAAAGCUUGAUAAAAAAGUAGGUACUCAUCAUCAGCAAGCCUACCUACAACAUCGGAUCUUACCGCUUGGUAUCUCCAACGACGCUGAAAUCACAAAAGAGCUUAACGUCAUCAACGAAACUUUGGACAAGUUCUUUCCCUCUAUUCCAAAUCUACAGGAGCCCAUGAAUCAGGACCCGGAUACUGAGGAGCCACAGCUGACUUCUAACGAUGUAUCUUCUCCAUUUAAUGUUGUAGCUCAUCUCAUAAAAAAGGAUGACGGAAGGAGCCUCGUAAAUGAGCUCGUCUCAAUGUACAGAUCAGUUGUUUUUAUACCCAAGAGGACCUUGAUUGCGUUGCUUAAUAAAGCUGCACUGUCACAGUCAUUUAAAUGUAUUGACGAGAUUUUGAAGAUUAUACCUACUUUAGGAGACCAUUCCGAUAUCAGUGGCCGUAACUUCUUUCAUCACCACGUUAUUGCAUUGGGCAAGGGCCGCAAGCAACAAGCUUCUAACGGAGCCAAACCAAACUCCAAUCGGGAUAGCGACAAAACACAUUCUGGGGAUUCUUUGGCUAAUUUACCAAAAGUGGAGGCUGCUAUUCUACCUGAUCAAACUUCAAGAUUAGUUGGUGCGUAUGGGCCGGAUGGAAUCAAUUCCAAUGACUCACCAGUUUCUUUGCUCUACAUUUUAAACCGCCUUCCUCCCCACCUCAGAUCAAGUCUCUUGCAAAAGGAUGCGUACAAGAGGACACCCUUGCACUAUUCGGCACAGUACGGAUUGUUCGCAGUCUCAAAAUUGAUCAUCGAAAGUUUGAAAGAAUGGGGCGCAUGGGAUCCUGCCAUUUCCAUAGAUAAUGAAGAAAUUUGGGGGGAUGGCGAAGGAUUCACACCUUUACAUUUAGCCGUAAUUGGACUUCAUCCCAGAACUGUGGUAUCACUAACAGGUUAUGGUAACGCAAGCACUACGAUACAAUCUCAGCGUUUGCUCCAUCUAGCCACAAAGUUAGACUCUCCCGAAUUGUUGAAGGCUCUCCUUUCGGUGAAAGGUUUUUCAAUUGACUAUGCAGACCCAGAGACCUCUGAAACGGCCUUGUAUAUCGCAGCUAAGCUAAAUUUAAGUCAAGCUGCAGAAUUCCUGCUAGAAAUGGGUGCUGACACAGAAAUUGGAGAAGCCAACUUCGGUUGGACACCAAUUUUCGUUGCUGCCACAGAAGGAUUUUAUGAUUUAGCGAAAUCUCUCGCCGAUCAUGGUGCUGAUUUCGCAAAAUUCGAUGAAAGCGGGUGGACCCCCAUGGAACAUGCGGUGCUGAGGGGGCACUUAAAUGUUGCGGAGCUUCUAACCAUUGAUGACCCUGCUAUCACAAAGCCUAAACUUGCCACGAAGCUUUCAGGUGAAGAAGACGAAGGUGCGGAUAAGCGGCCGAGCUUGAUUAGUCGCUCAACAAACACAUCAGAAUCUCAUUCGAGCCAAGGAAGCUUUUAUAAGCACUCAGAAGGCUCUGAAAGCUUUAUUUCAGGGGGUUCAGAUACGAAUCUCAAGAAUACUACCAAACAUAACUUAUUGAAGCACUCUGUCAAUGGCGGAUCGAAGAACUUUUUGGCCAAAAAUUCUCGUCAGUCUCCUCCCCUAGUCAAAUCAUUUGGCCAUAAUUACCUCCACAAGGACCAAUCCAUUGUAUUGGUAUCCUUGGGGUCCAAAGAAGGUACUAAUGCGGUUUCGUUCAAUAAGGUCCCUCUGUCCAAAGUAUCCUCUACCGAACUUGAUACCGCCCUAUCGUUAGUGAUCACCUGUCCCGGUGACCUUAACAAUACACCUGCGGUUUUGGAUUUGCCCCUUGAUGAUACCCUGGAUCCUGUUCAUUUUACUGUUCCUUUCAAAGAGGACUCUGCGCACACAGUUUAUUUUGACAUCGUACCUACCUAUGGAUAUCAUGCUAUGAAAAUUAUGAACACCUCCCAAGAAAGGUCCUCAAACCCUUACUCAGAACCCGGACAAGGUAACAAUUUGGGUGAAACUCGAAGCAUACACUCGGGCACUUCGAUAACCCAUGCGAAGACUGAGCACUCCAGAAUUUUGGGACGCGCGGUUGCAUUACUCCACCGGGAAACAAUGUCUGUUGGGCCAAAUCGGAUUUCGCUGUCAGAUACUCGGACUGUACCUAUCAUCGAAAGUGAGACUUUGGAGGUUUUAGGCUCCAUCAAGUAUGAAUUUAUGGUUGUGAAACCUUUUGUUCAUCCAAACGUAUCCUUGAGUAGGGGAGAAACUUUUUGGAAAUCUUUGGUGGCUUCUAGAGUAAUCGGUCACAGAGGCUUGGGCAAAAACAUGAACACAAACAGAUCAUUACAGUUGGGUGAAAACACCGUCGAAUCCUUCAUCGCCGCUGCAUCGCUAGGUGCUUCGUAUAUCGAGUUUGAUGUACAGUUGACUAAAGACAAUGUUCCUGUGAUCUAUCAUGAUUUUCUGGUGGCAGAGUCUGGUGUGGAUAUUCCAAUGCACGAACUGACACUUGAACAAUUCUUGGAUUUGAAUGACGCCGAUAGACCUGGCAAGACUAGCAAUGGUCGUUCGAUGGACGACACUGACGCAGCCCUUCUUAACCGUUCAUCCCAUAUACAGAAAGAGGGUAUCGGCUCUAGCACCGAAAAAUCUUCAGUAGACAAGAAAACGCCUCUGGCCAAGAUGUUCGAAGAUAGAAUGCGUCUCACUAAGACCUUUAAAAAAAAUAAUUACAAGGGUAACGCUCGUGGUCAUUCGAUUGCUAGCUCGUUUGUCACCUUGAAGGACCUGUUCAAGAAGAUCCCUUCCAAUGUCGGAUUCAACGUUGAAUGCAAAUAUCCCAUGUUGGACGAAGCUAUCGAGGAUGACAUUGGUCAUAUUUUUGUGGAGCUUAACCACUGGUGUGACACUGUUUUGAAUGUGGUUUACGACAAUGUUAACGGGCGUGACAUCAUGUUUUCGUCGUUUCACCCUGAUAUAUGUAUCAUGUUGUCCUUGAAACAACCCUCGUUCCCAAUUUUGUAUCUAACCGAAGGUGGGACAAAGAAGACUAUUGACGCUCGUGCUGCCUCGCUCCAAAAUGCAAUUAGAUUCGCACGUACCUGGGAUUUGUUGGGAAUUGUUUCGGCUGCAAAACCCAUUAUAAAGGCCCCACGUCUCGCCCAAGUGAUUAAAUCCAAUGGAUUAGUGUGCGUAACGUACGGCGUGGACAACAACGAUCCAGAGGUGGCGCAGAUCGAAAUGAAUGCCGGUGUUGACGCCGUGAUUGUCGACAGCGUGCUGGCGGUCCGCAGAGGUCUCACCAAAUCUGCAACGGCGGUCAAAGAGUAA